UUAAGUCUUACUUAGAUGGCAGGUGUUGAUAAUAAAGUUCUUAUUAUUGAGAAUAAUGAUGAGGCUUCUGUUUGGACUCAAAAGCAUGAAGAAAUUUUCAUUGAACUUAUGGAAGAAGAAGUCUUAAAGGGAAACAAGAAUACCACAACCUUUACCAAGCAAUCAUGGAAAUAUAUAAAGGAAGAGCUUUGUGGACGAGCAAAAAGAAAUUAUAGUGAUAUGCAACUAAGGAACAAAUACAAUCAAUUAACGCAAAAGCAUAAGGAUUUUAAGUCUUUACUGAAAGAGACUGGUAUGGGAUACAAUGCAGUGACUGGAGAAGUUAGUGCGACAGAUGAAGUUUGGGAUAAACUUAUUCGGAUUAAUAAGUCUGCUAAAAGAUUUAGAAAGAAAGGUUGUAAGUUUUAUGAGAAAUUAUGCACUAUCUUUGGUGAUACUACUGCAACUGGCUCCAAUGCUCAUCCUUCAACUCAAAGUCCUUCUAAUGAUGAUGAUGCAACGUCGAUAAGUCCUUCUACUAUGAAUGAAGAAAGUGGUUUUGAUGAGGAUGGUAACAAAAGAAGAGAUAAAUCAACAGCCACUUCGAACUCUCGAUCAGUAAAAAGAGCAAAGUUCUCAUCAGCUUUGGCAGAUGCACUGGCAACAUAUAAUGAAACUGCAAAGCGAAAGACAGAAUUGAUAGAGAGAUCAAUGACAACAUCUGCAUCACAUUACUUAUUGGAUGAGACUGUUAAAGCUCUUAAUCAAAUUAAUGGAAUUAGUGGAGAAGUAUACGCAAAAGCUAUUGAGAAGUUUGAGAAUGAGGUGUCCAGAGCAUUGUUUCUAAAGAUGCCAGAGCAUAGAAGAAUAGAUUGGUUGCUGAAUUUGAAGUGAAAAAGUUUAGACUUUGUUUAGCUAUGAACAAGAUGACUUUAUUUAGCUAUUAACUUUAGUUUUGUUUAGCUUUUGACUGGAUGACUUUGUUAAGCUAUUGACUGGAUGACUUUAUUAGCUAUUGACUGGAUGACUUUGUUUAGCUAUUGACUGGAUGACUUGUUAGAUGUUGACUGGAUGACUUUGUUUUGCUA